AUGCCCCGGGCGACUGCUCUCGGGGCCCUGGUGUCACUGCUGCUGCGUCUCCCGCUGCUGCUGCUGCUGCUGCUGCUGCCGCCGCUGCCCCGCGGCGCCGGGGGGCUCGCGGAGCGCUCGGACGCCGCCCCGGACUACUCGGCGCUGGAAGGCGAGGAGGGCGCGGAGCAGCAGCUGGAACAUUACCACGACCCGUGCAAAGCCGCUGUCUUUUGGGGAGACAUUGCCUUGGACGAAGAGGACCUGAAGUUAUUUCAUAUUGACAAAGCCAGAGACUGGAUCAAGCAGUCAGUAGAGGAAAGGGGACAUAGCACAGGUGGGCUCGAGGAGCAGCCUUUCGAGAGCUGGCAGAAUGCUACAGCCAUGAAUACCAGCAGCGAGGAAGCCAGAAAGGAUGGCCAGGAAAAUGCUAUGCUUCUGCAGAGCCCCGGGACCUCGAAUGCCAGAGCUGAGACCUUUUCUCCGCGUGUCCGAAGAGCCACAACCUCGAGGGCAGAGAGGAUAUGGCCUGGAGGGGUCAUCCCCUACGUCAUCGGAGGGAACUUCACUGGAAGCCAGAGAGCCAUUUUUAAGCAGGCUAUGAGACACUGGGAGAAGCACACCUGUGUGACCUUCAUAGAAAGGACUGAUGAAGAGAGCUUUAUUGUGUUCAGUUACAGAACGUGCGGCUGUUGUUCCUAUGUUGGGCGUCGAGGAGGAGGCCCGCAGGCCAUAUCCAUUGGGAAAAACUGUGACAAGUUUGGCAUUGUGGCACAUGAGUUGGGCCAUGUGGUUGGGUUCUGGCAUGAACACACUCGGCCCGACAGAGACCAGCAUGUCACCAUCAUCAGAGAGAACAUCCAGCCAGGUCAGGAGUAUAAUUUCUUAAAAAUGGAAGCUGGGGAAGUGAGCUCUCUGGGAGAAACGUACGACUUUGACAGCAUCAUGCACUACGCCCGGAACACCUUCUCAAGAGGAGUUUUCUUAGACACCAUCCUCCCCCGUCGAGACGACAAUGGCGUCAGGCCAACCAUUGGUCAGCGUGUGCGGCUCAGUCAGGGAGACAUAGCGCAAGCCAGGAAGCUGUACAAAUGCCCAGCGUGUGGGGAGACCCUGCAGGACACAACAGGAAACUUUUCCGCACCUGGUUUCCCAAAUGGCUACCCUUCUUAUUCCCACUGUGUCUGGAGGAUAUCGGUCACUCCAGGGGAGAAGAUCGUCCUAACCUUCACCUCCAUGGAUUUGUUUAAAAGCCGCCUGUGCUGGUAUGACUAUGUGGAGGUCCGGGAUGGUUACUGGAGAAAAGCCCCCCUGUUGGGCAGGUUUUGUGGUGACAGGGCCCCGGAGCCCCUCACCUCCACGGACAGCCGGCUCUGGGUGGAGUUCCGGAGCAGCAGCAGCACCUUGGGCAAGGGUUUCUUCGCGGUGUACGAAGCUACGUGUGGGGGAGAUAUUAACAAAGAUGCUGGUCAGAUUCAAUCUCCCAACUACCCGGAUGACUACAGACCUUCCAAGGAAUGUGUCUGGAGGAUUACGGUUUCGGAAGGGUUUCACGUGGGGCUUACCUUCCAAGCUUUUGAGAUUGAAAGGCAUGACAGCUGUGCAUACGACUACCUGGAAAUCCGCGACGGCCCCACGGAAGAGAGUGCCCUGAUUGGCCAUUUCUGUGGCUACGAGAAGCCGGAAGAUGUGAAAUCGAGCUCCAACAGAAUGUGGAUGAAGUUUGUGUCCGAUGGCUCUAUCAAUAAAGCGGGCUUUGCAGCCAAUUUUUUCAAGGAGGUGGAUGAGUGCUCCUGGCCAGAUCACGGCGGGUGUGAGCAGCGCUGUGUGAACACUCUGGGCAGCUACAAGUGCGCGUGCGACCCUGGCUACGAGCUGGCUGCCGAUAAGAAGACGUGUGAAGUGGCCUGUGGCGGUUUUAUUACCAAGCUGAACGGAACCAUCACCAGCCCUGGGUGGCCGAAGGAGUAUCCUACAAACAAAAACUGCGUCUGGCAGGUGGUGGCCCCUGCUCAGUACCGGAUCUCCCUCCAGUUUGAAGUGUUUGAACUGGAAGGCAAUGAUGUCUGUAAGUACGACUUUGUGGAGGUGCGCAGCGGCCUGUCCCCCGACGCCCGGCUGCAUGGCAAGUUCUGCGGCUCCGAGAUGCCCGAGGUCAUCACCUCCCAGAGCAACAACAUGCGUGUGGAGUUCAAGUCAGACAACACGGUCUCCAAACGGGGCUUCAGGGCCCACUUCUUUUCAGACAAGGACGAGUGCGCCAAGGACAACGGCGGGUGCCAGCACGAGUGCGUCAACACGUCUGGGAGCUAUCUGUGCCGGUGCAGAAAUGGUUACCGGCUCCACGAGAAUGGGCACGACUGUAAAGAAGCUGGCUGUGCGCACAAGAUCAGCAGUGCAGAGGGGACCCUGGCGAGCCCCAACUGGCCUGACAAAUACCCCAGUCGGAGGGAGUGUACCUGGAACAUCUCUUCAACCGCGGGCCACAGGGUGAAACUCACAUUUAACGAGUUUGAGAUCGAGCAGCACCAAGAAUGUGCCUACGACCACCUGGAGCUUUACGACGGAGCCGACAGCCUGGCGCCCAUCCUUGGCCGUUUCUGUGGCAGCAAGAAACCAGACCCCGUGGUGGCUUCAGGCAGCAGCCUGUUCCUCAGGUUUUAUUCGGAUGCCUCUGUGCAGAGGAAAGGCUUCCAGGCAGUGCACAGCACAGAGUGCGGGGGCAGGCUGAAGGCCGAAGUGCACACCAAAGAGCUGUAUUCCCACGCCCAGUUUGGGGACAACAACUACCCGAGCCAGGCCCGCUGUGACUGGGUGAUCGUGGCGGAGGACGGCUAUGGCGUGGAGCUGAUAUUCCGCACCUUCGAGGUGGAGGAGGAGGCUGACUGUGGCUACGACUACAUGGAGGCCUACGACGGCUACGACAGCACCGCGCCCAGGCUCGGCCGCUUCUGCGGCUCCGGGCCACUGGAAGAGAUCUACUCGGCAGGAGAUUCUCUAAUGAUUCAAUUCCACACGGAUGACACCAUCAAUAAGAAAGGCUUUCACGCCCGAUACACUAGCACCAAGUUCCAGGAUGCCCUGCACAUGAAGAAAUAA